CUUCACCAAAGCUUCCACAGGAUGCGUUUGGGGCCGAGAGUCUAAGUACUUGGUGCAUUUUUUGUCCACAAAGUACUUCGUCGGGCCUUAGCACUUAAACUGGAGCCAGCCCCAAGCUUAUACUGAGGCGCCGUUCCACGUGGGAGAAGGAGUACAUCGACCUCAGGACACCAUGUCUCUUUGCCAAGAAUUUGACCUUGUUGUGACGAACGGUGUCUGUGCUACUGCCUCUGACGUGUCACCCCUUGAUAUUGGUGUUAAAGGAGGGAAGAUUGUUCUGCUCGCCCCUUCAGGCUCACUCAGUCAGGCUAAGGCGUUGAGAGUGAUCGACGCUGAGGGCGGAUAUGUCAUGCCUGGGGGCAUCGAUUGCCAUGUUCAUCUCCAAGAGCCAAGUAUGUUCGGAAAGGGCAGCUCGGCGGACAGCUACGAGUCUGGGUCGAGGUCGGCCAUCGCAGGAGGGUGCACCACUCUGGUUUCGUUCGCUCCCCUACAAAAACAAGAUGAGUCCCCGAUGAAAGCAAUAGAGGCCACACACAGACUUUCCAGAGGAAACUGCUACUGCGACUACGGCUUCCACCUUCUCAUGGGAAACGCAGGCCCCAAGGCCCUUGAGGAGUUGCAGCUGCUGAAAUACCAGGGCGUGACCUCCAUCAAGAUUUACAUGACCUACCAGGCGCUUCAACUCCGCGAUGGUGAGAUCCUGUCCGUCCUCCUGGCGGCGAGGGAGAACAAGAUCCUCACGAUGAUCCACGCGGAGAACGGGGACGUCCUCGACUGGCUGACCGACAAGCUCGAGGCCGCAAAGUUGUUCGCGCCAAAGUACCACUCCAACUCGCGCCCGCCGGUCCUCGAGUCCGAAGCCACCAACCGCGCCAUCUCGCUAGCCGCGCUAAUAGCCCAGACGCCGAUCCUCCUGGUGCACGUCAGCGACCCAGCCGCGGCGCUCCGGAUCCGCGAGGCUCAGACACACGGCCAGCCCGUCUUUGCGGAGACGUGCCCACAGUACCUGUUCCUGACGCGCGACGACCUGAACAAGCCCGGCUUUGAGGGUGCAAAGUGCGUCUGCUCGCCUCCCCCGCGCAACCUCGAGGACCAGGACGCGAUCUGGACUGGGCUCCGCAAUGGGACCUUUUCCAUACUCAGCUCGGACCACUGCCCUUUCCGGUAUGAUGACGCGCAAACAGGUAAGAAGACCUGUGUGACAGAUGAGCACCCCGUGGGGAGGUUCAAAUACAUCCCCAAUGGUCUUCCGGGAAUCGAAACGAGAAUACCACUGGCGUUCUCCGCCAAUAAGAUAGAGGUGACAAAGUUCGUGGAGGUCACGUCCACGAAUGCGGCCAAGUUGUACGGACUGUACCCGAAGAAGGGCUCAUUGAUUCCUGGGGUCUCAGACGCGGAUCUGGUGAUUUGGUAUCCGGAUGGAAAACGUCCUAAUCUGACCCUGACGAACGACAUGUUGCACCACGACGUGGAUUAUUCGCCCUACGAGGGAAGGACUAUUGAGAAUUGGCCGAGAUAUACGAUCCUUCGCGGUGAGGUUGUCUGGGACCGGGACAACGGUGGCGUCGUGGGGACCAAGGGAUACGGACAGUUCAUCAAACGCCAGGCUAGUUCCUUGGGCGGUGUGUGGGAGACAGUGGAUCAACAUGGGCCGUUUGACCUCGAGACGUUGUGA